CUCAGAUCGCUUGCCCACUUCAAACAUGGCGGCUUGUGUUUUCCCCGACUGUGUAAGGCAGUCAGCUGACAUUCCACACUGAGUGGAGGUUUUGUGCUGGGGCUGUGUUCCGGGGUGAGUGACAGCAGCCUCAGAGUCCUUGUAAGUUGCUGUAUGAGGGCAAGACUGGCACCAUGUACUGGCACUGAGGACAAGGCUUUUCCUGGCUGACUGGGCUCUCUAUAUUAUUGGGACACCUUGUAUACAGGUAAUAUAUAUGUUAUUAAUGUGUAUUACCCACCUGAAAUGAAGGCUGCUUUCCUGCUUCCUGAAAAUAAAGGCUGGCUGCAUGGAUUAAGUUGACAGGAUUUCCUUUUCUGGAGAGUUUAUAUACAAUAAAAUUAAAACCAUGCAGUCUGUAGGGUAUUUAAUUCAGGCCCCGUAGGGUAUUGUCACAUCUUGGUGCGGGGUUGCAGUAAAUGGUUCACUGUCUACAUAUGAUACAAUGCAUUAAACAAUUACCAUCUUUUUGCAGGUGAAUUCCAAUUUUAUUCUAUGUAAUAAUAAUGAAUAGGUUAGUAGUUCUGGUAAAGAAUUUAGAAUGCUGGAUAAUGUAUAGGGAACACAAAAAUGUAAUGUGUAUUUCUCAUACCCGUUACUCUUAAAACAGAACAUCUUUGCACCCUGUUUUUUAAAUUAAAACAAUCAGCUACUAUUCAUUGGGAUAAAAUAUUGUGCAGACCAUGUAACAGUUUUACUGUCUUGUGAUAUUAUACACGUAGACAUAUGUGGCUAAGCUAUUUUUUGGUUUAUUUUAUGGACAAGAAAUUCCAGUCUCCAGGAUUCCAGAUAAAUCUGUAUUAUGCACACUGCCAAUCUGGGAAUUCUACAAUAUUUUCCUUUUGUGAAAGUGGUGCACAGCUAGAGAAUUUCUAUGAUCUUUAUUUUAUAUCUUAUUUUACUUUGAUAAAACCAAACAAAGAUCAUUCUUUUUCUUCCUGCUCCAUUAUUUGUCCUCCUCUCUUUAUGCAGAGGUACUCUCUAAACAGUAUUAAAAGCCACAUGUCAAAAUAACUGACAUGGAACAACAAUUAUAGUUGGCAGUUAUAGCCUGAAUUCUGAAAUUUGGUUUUUAAUUCACCACAUUUGCAGUGCAGUUAAUAAACACACACACCUAUAUAUGUAUAUAUACUCCCAUAUUUCUCACUUUGUUUGCUUUGAUAUUUUUCUAUAUUUGUUAUGUGAAUAUGUAUACAGUACAGGGUUUUAAAAGGUUGUAGUCCUAUGCUAGAGUCCAAGCCUUAAAAGUUAUUCGCCAUAGCAUAUCUUGCGCAAGUGAAUUUCUACUUUGCCAGGGCUAAAGUUUCACUAGCCAUGGGCAACUAUACAGAGUGUGCUUACAAUAAAGGAUUGCCAAGUCCCUUGGUAAUGUUGUUAGCAAAGUUUUGAAAAGUCUCAGUAGUGAUUCUAUUUGAUGGACUUAUUUCUUCUUGUAGGAUUGUGGCUCUUGUUGAAGAUGAGUCCCACACAAUGGGAUUUCCCGGUAGAGCUAUGUUGUCGUCCCAUGGCCUUUGUGACCCUGACUGGUUUAGAUGUCACCUUUAACGCUAUUCAUCGUGCAAUUUGGGAUGCAUUUUGUGCCAACAGACGGGCAGACAGAGUACCCAUCUCAUUUAAGGUUCUUCCUGGUGACCAUGAGUAUCCGAAAUGCAGAACAAAGGUAUUUUUUUGUUUUUGUUUUUUUGUUAUUACAAUCGUAUACAUUAAUGCUCACUCACAGGCAUUCAUAGUCAUGGUGCUCAACCUUGAUAUAAUCUAUGAUUUAUAGACUAAUCUGUAUCUUGUAAAACCUGAAGAGGGAAUUUGGAAAUGCUAUGCCAAAUUGUCUGACAUGGAUAACUAGGAGAGAUUGAGAUUCUUUCCAGAUCAUCUAUUUUGAACUAGAAUUUGUAAUUCCAUUAUUAAUGUUCCACCAUGGUUUGUUUAAGUGCAGUUCAAAGUUUAGUGAAUAAAAACCACUUUGCCUACAAUUCCACAUCCAUUGUACAGCACUACGGAAUUUACUGAUGCUAUAUAAAUAAUAAAAUAAUAAUUCACACAUUAGUGAUUAACCCUAUAUGUGUUUGUUUUCGAUUCACUACUGUUUGUUGAUAAGUGAAUAAACUCUUAUGUGUUUGAAUCCAUGCAGUCUUUUUUUCCGUGACUUUCUUAACAGAGAACAUCCUAUGAGUGGUACAUCCCAAAAGGAAUUCUGAAAACCAGCUGGAUGAACAAACACCUUAAUCUGGUGCCCGCCCUUGUAGUGGUGUUUUAUGAGUUGGACUGGGAUGAAGCCCAAUGGAAAGAGAAGCAGUCAGAGUGUGCCACCAGGGUGGAAAUUGUUAGGUGAAGAGCUUUUAAACAUUUUAAGUGUUUAUUUUUGUUGUUAAAUGUAGUUUGUUUUUGUUUUUUUGUUUAGAAUGUAAUUUUAAGCUAAAAUAGCUAUGUUGAAAAUAUAGCAGAAUUUUGCAGUAUUUCGCCCUGUUUUUUGAAAUACACUCUGAAUUCCUUUACAAUUCAUAUUUUAAUUAAUAACCCUGAUUCUGUUGGUGUAUUUACACAUGGAACCCUUUUAAUUUCUUUUGAUUUUUAAAGCAACAAUACACCAAUUUGCUAAGAAAAAUAAGCCAGAUGUAUGGUGGAAAUGUUAGGUCAGAAAUAUACUUACAAUACCUAUGUGAAUUACAAGAAAAAAAAAAAAAACACUAUGGCAUUAGGAAUACAAAACUUUAUUUCUAACGCUAUAGUGUGCCUCUGCCUCCAUGGCACCUGCACCUGGUAAUUUAAGGGUUUAAAAAAAAAAAAAACACCUUUUUUAACUUUCCUCUUUCCAAUACUGAGGAUCCUCGACGCUGGAUCCAUCUUUUUCUCUAGCAACGUCAAGUACUGCGCAUUAGACAUUUUUUUUUUUUACCAUAGGAAAUCCUUGAAUCACUGCUUUCCUAUUGGGAUUUUGAAGACUGUCAAUGUCCACAUGCAAAGCCCUGAGGAUGUCCAAUGUCGUUCCUUGAGAUCAAACUCCAUUAGAGUGCAGGAAGUGCCUGUAGUGACAGCCACUCAAGGUUGUCUUAACCCUGCCAUGUAAACAUUGCAGUUUCUCUGAAGGGGAGGGAAGGGGUAGGGGCAUGGACACUGCACCUAUACUACUUCAAUAAGAUGAAGUGGUGUGGGUGCCUAUAGUGUCCAUUUUUAAGGCCACGGUAGCCAAACUGAAAGUAUAGAUGACAUAGAGAAUUUUCCCACUUCAACUAUUUUGACCUUAAAUUUGAAAUUCCCUUUAAAGUCUCACUUUAGUUUAUAAGCCUGCUAGCGUUUUUAUUUAGGAUAGGUUUUGAGGUUUGGCCAUUUAUGGUCUAUGAUGUUUUUUAUUUGUUGUCACAUUUAUUAUGUUCCUUUUACAGACAGAGCUUGCAAGGAAGGAACACAAAGGUAGCUGUGGUUUUAAUACAGAAGAAGACCCCUUUACCUCCAGGUACUAUAAUUAUUUCUCCUCUGCUUAUGCUAAAGUGAGAGAAUUGUUUUGAUAAAAUAUGUAAAUACUGAAUCGCUCAUGCGUCACACAUUAAGUUAAUGUACAAUUAGCAUGAAUUACCUUCUUCAUUCACGAGUCAAAUGAGCCAGACAUUUUCCCUUGGUUGUAUGAAUCCUGCAGAGUUUAGUGGCUGAUUAGCAGGUGAAUUACGUGUGGACUUAAUUAAGAACAAAAAAGCACACUAUUCACCGAAGUGAAAGUCAUGUACUGCCUGGAAAUAACAGUACCAAAUAGAUGUUGCAAAUAAAUCUAAACCCUGAGAAUGUAGCAAACAAAUAACAAAGACCGAUAUCCUCGUGAUCGUUUAUUUGAACCAGCCUUAUAAGGCUACUCUUAUGCCCAAGUAAAGCUAACAACUAGCAAAAUAAGAGACAGAGGGCAGAACCAAGAAGCACUUAUGAUAAAAAUGUAUAGAUAUAAAAUAAGGCUUUAUUAUAAAUGACCUAUCCACAUAGUGUAAUAAAUAUCAAGGUCUUGGUAGUGUCCCCUGCCGUUAGAGAGGGUAAUAAUGUUCAGGGCUUGUAAUCCAGCUAUAAAGGAAAAUAAAUAAUUAAAUUACUAUUACCUAAGAGUAAAAGCAUAUUAGAAGCAGCCUCUCUCCCUUCAAAUCUAACUAGACAAGCAUAGGAGAAUAGUAAAGAUAAAGUGAGAUAGUUACAUCAACAUGAUGUCAAACUAGUGAAAUAAACAAAAGGUAAAGUGCCCAAAAACAAACAUCCAAGCCCAGCAGCCGACGCGUGUUUUGGUGCAGAACUAUAUGCACCUUCGUCAGGGGUAAAAGAUCAACUGACAAAGAUCACUCUUAUAUCGGUAUAUCCCAUGUGGAAUCAAAUAGUAUAAACCAAUAGUAAGGUUACACGUCAUCUGAGAGGCGUGGCUAUAGAUGAUGUGGUAUCAUACUACAAGCACGCCCACAAAUCCAUAUAGUCCAAUGGUAGGGUAACAGGGGGAGUGUCUAAGUCUGCCGAUAUGUUGAAUCGGCUACCCUUAAGUGUCACUUCCAAUAGCGAUUCGGUAUGAUAGCCAUGGAUCCAUUAGUGUGCCAGUUUGGUCCGUUCUUCAGCCGAUGUAUAUAUUUUGAGAGCAAUCUAAAAUCUCAUGUAAUCCAUAUCUUUACCGGUAUAAUCCAAUCCCAAGUGUGGACCUGUGGAUGUGUGGACUUAAGCCUUGUAUAUUUAAGAUUGAACAAUUUAUAUCACAAUUCAGGUACAAAAAUCAUGGAAUGAGAUAUCUCCUUUAAAGUUCAAUUGCAGCAACUUGGUUGCACCAGCAAUCUGCUGAAUGCAUGUCUUUAGAUCUGUGUAUUCCAGUGUCCUCUAAACAAUACUGUGUGAAACUUCAAAUCAGAUAACCAAGUAAACUAUUUUGUAUUUGCAGUUUUGUUGCUAUCCUUUUUCUAGUUUUCAUGUGAAGUAACCGUAAUAUUAUCAUUCACAACAUAUAUUUGUAAUUCUGUUUUUGUUUUUGUGUCCCGUCCUGUUACCAGGUGAAGAUAUGAUUGCUUCUGAAAGGGCCGCUGCCUUGUGCAAUGCCUGUGACCUGUCUGGCAAAUCUCUUUUUGUGCUUCCGCACACAGACCAUCUUGUGGGUUACAUAAUUAGGUACAUUAAUUAACAAAUGUACUUUCAUGCUCAACUUAUGAAAUCUGACUGUCAAAUAUUCUAUGUAGUUACAUUGUCAGAAAAAUCAUCAAAUUAUUAAAACUAUAGGUGUAGAGCUCAUUAUCUCUGCUAAGAAAAUCUUCUUGAAAUGUAAUGUUACUGCUUGUCAGAAAAACAUCUUAUUUUCAAUAUGAGAUGUAGAUUGAUUUUUACAACAUAUUUAAACAGUAAUAUAAAAAAUGGUUAUUGCAAUGUGAAUUCAGCUGGAGAUCAUGGCAAAUAUUAAGUCAGGCUAAUAAUUUAAAGGGACAGCCCUGCCAUAUGCACUUGAAAUUACUUGAUUAAAAAAAACAUUUAAGUCACACAAGCCACUUCAUGUCAAUGAAAUGGCCUGGUUGUAAUGGUCCGGUAGUUUUGACCUUGCAAUGUAGAACAUUGCAGUAUUUUAGGCAGUCAUAUUGACAGCCUUUUUGAGGUGCUUGCUGCUGCAGCAACCAAGGAGACGAUGUAAGUAGCGCCUGGGUAGACACUGGGAAAAGGUGAGUGAAAAUAAGACUUUCGUUCACUUACAAGCCAAUCUGGGGGGAGGACCUUGUUAUUAGGAACAGGGACACUAUAGCGUUAGGGAAACAUGUUUAUAUUCCAAAUGCCUUUGUGUGCCUUUAAGGUAACAGCUUAUUGGCCUCUGUACAGAAGAUAACGUGAACUCAUCCCAAAGUAUGAUGAUGUAAGAAUUAAGACGAUCAAGAAAUGCAUGUUUUACAAAAAAGAUGUUGCAACCUCAGUUUGUAGACAUAGCCACAUAUCCCACUGUAGGUGGCAGGACAUCAGAUGAUGGUGUAGAACUGCUGAUGUCAAGCUUCCUUCUAAAUGCAGUAAGGGUAUAGAAAAUGAUUAUUAAUUAUUGUUUAUUUUUUGUGCAGUCAAGGAAAAUACAAGGGUAUUUAAGUUGGCCCACGUGUUGUCUGCCUCGCUCGAUAGAUUAGAUAUGGGAACAGUGAGUAGAUCUGUUAUGUAGGUCCUAUAUUAUUCUCUUUAAUGAUUUUGUUCUUUUAGAUUAGAGAAUGCAUUUUAUGAACACGCACAGACCUAUUACUACACUGAAAUUCGAAGAGUAAAAUCUCACAAAGAGUUCCUGAAUAAAACCACCCAUCAGGUAAUAUUAACUAGUGUACCUCCCCCAAGUAAGAUAAAUAGAUUUUUUUUACCUUAUUCACCAUUAUUCUUGUUGCAGCCUCCAUGUCCCCUUUGACUGAGGUCAUCAUUAUUGAUUAUUCUUAGCCCAUCCAAUGUAGGGAAGCAAUGGGGGGCUAGUGCGCAUGUACAGCAAUUGGUGCGAUGCUCCAAUCCACAUCUUCUCAUAGAAAUGUAUUGACUCAAUACAUCUCUAUGGGAAGCGUUCAGCAUCUCUAUGCUGAGUGUGGAGACAUUAAACCUUGGACCUGCAAUCUUUACAGGACCUCAUUCAGAAAGUCCUUCUAGUGGCUGUCUGAGUGACCACUACUAAAGGUAGUAUUAGGCAGCAAUGUAAACAUUCUUUUUUUCAUUCUUUACACUGCUCAACCUGUAGGGACAAUCUCGUAAUCUAUAGUGGUUAUGGUGCCUAGAGUUUCCCUUUAAGUGUUUUCAUAGAGAAAUGCAAAAUUACUGUAAUCUCAAUGAUGGUACAUAAUUGCACGGUGCCUAAACCAACCACAUUAGAGUAUUUCAGCUUACUUUGAAUAGAUCUGUCUAAUGAAUAGGGGCAGAGAAAGGUACAACAAGGAUUCUAGUGUUUGUAAGCAGAGAUUCACUGAAGUGAGAGCUAGUAUAGUUAAUAUUUUAUUGCACAAUUUGAAAGCAGUAGGUGGUACUAAGAUGAUAUGUCGCACUGAGCAUGUGUAGCAACUGUGACAAUUGUUUGUAUUUAUAAAUGUUCCAGUCUUCUCAUACUGCUGAAUUGCCUUUGUUUUACAGUUACUGUUUGUAAGGCAUCAGUUCAAGAUUGCAUUUUUCAGUGAGCUCAAGCAAGAUACCCAGAACGCUCUGAAGUAAGAUUUUACCAUACAUACCAAAGCUUUUGUAAAAUGUUUAUGUUCUGCGUUAUAAAAUGUAACCAUUAGUAAAUGUAUAGAUGAGCAGUAAUUGAAAUAUUUAUUAUUGUAAACAAUUCUGGUUUUGUUUAUAGACCUUUGCUUUAUAGAUGACUCUGGUGUUAGUCUUUGUGAUGGCUGCAGUCAGCCCGAUUUACAAGACAUUCUGGGACAGAAAGCAAAUUAAGACUGGUCUGUCGCAUGCACACAUCACUUCAGUGCUGCAAAAGCUGCAGCCAAACCCUGAUGUGGUAGGAUGUGUUUUAAGUGUUGACAAUUCUGUGCCUCUAUACAUUUGCUAAUUAGUUUGGCUUGUUUAAUGUAUAGAUACAAUAAGGAGAGAAUGUGAACCAUCUUAUAAUGGUGCAUGGGAAAAAUCAUUUAAAAUGCCUUUUAAUACUCAGUUUGCAGAAUUUAUUAUGAUGCAACAUGGUUUGGUUGGGGAAAAAAAAUAGUAUUCGUAUUCAGUAUUUUUAAAAAGGUUUGCAAGGAGUUAAGCUGGCGUCAUCUGCCCGUGACAUACAGCAGAAUAAAUGUGUUAUAUGUAUUCAAUAAUAUUCAAAAUAUAUAUUGCCUUUUUUUAAAGCUCAAAGCCUUUUUAUGUGUAGGGAAGUGACUUGUGGUGGUCUGGGUUUGCAGGCAUGCAAUAUGUCACAGAUCAUGCUCCAAGCUCCAAUGUCUGUCAAAACAUCUACUGAAUGCAAUGCUAAGUUAACAGUCCAUUGAGAGCUCAUUAAAGGUUUUGCACCAAGUUAUCAUUGCAUGGCACCAAUUCCAGAUCCAUUUUGUGAUCAUCCAAAAAUAACAUUCUAGAACGUUGAGUGAAAGGAAGAUUUGGCAAUAUUAAAGGUUAAUGAUCUGGGCAAGUAAAGUUGAUUUCCUAAUAGUGCAUUAUUAAAAUCCAGAGCUUGCAAGCAAAUUAAAACAAUUGAUGUGUGUCCUUCAUUUUAUAUUUUUAUUGCUUUAUAUCAAUGUCAAAUUCUGUUCAGAGCCAUUUUGUAAUUGGCCCUUACCACUUCUGCUAAAAGGCUGACCCACGUGUACAUCCAGGGCCGGUGCAAAGAAUUUUGGGUACAUAGGCGAAGAUCCAUUUUUCCUCCCCCCCCCAAAAACAUAUUCGCCCAUGUGCCUCUUAACCUCCCUUUUGUGUUUCUUAUCCCGUCUUUUAAAUAUCGGACUCCCUUUAGUGUAUUUUAUCUCCUAUUUUUGCCUUUGUGUGUCUCCUAUCUCUCCUCUUUGUGUCUUUUAUUCUUCCCAGCUCCUUUGUGUGUCUCUUUCCUUCUCAAGCCCCGCUGUGUGUUUCUUUUACAUCCAGCCCCUCUCCCUGUCCCUUAAUGGUCCCCUCCCUUCUCUGACCCUUACUGUUCCUCUCCCUUCUCUCCUCCUUUCCCUGUUCCUCAGUGUUCCUUUCCCUUCCCCCCUCCUUUCCCUGUCCCUUAGUGUUCCUCUCCCCUCCCCCCUCUGUUCCCUGUCGCUUAGUGUUCCUCUCCCCCCUCCCUCCUUUUCCUGUACCUUAGGGUAUCUCUCCCCUCUUCUCCAUGUCCCUUGGUGCGCCACCCAUCCCCAUAGUGGUCCCCUCCCCUUCCUGGUGUGCCUCCUACCUUUCUUGUAGCGUGGCUGAGCGGAGCGAAUCCCGGUACAGUGAGCUUUUCCUGUCAGUCCUGCUAGGUACAGGAAACAGACGUUCCUGUACCACGGUACACUCCGCUUGGCCACGCUACAGUCAGGGGUGUAGAAACACUGACAGUCACACACACUCAAUGACAAACACACAGACAUCUCUGACAGCCAGACUCACUUAUCUGACACUCAUUCAUUGACAGACACACAAACACUGACAGACUCAUUGACAAACACACACACACAAACUCACAGACACAUGUACUCACAUGCACACAUGCACAUACUGACAGACACACUCACACACACACACUGACAGAACCACACACACAUACAUACACACACACUGACAGACACACAUACACACACACACACACACAUACAUACACACACACACUGACAGACACACAUACACACACACUGACAGACACACUCACUCACAUACUGACAGACACACAUACACACACACACACUGACUGACAGACAGACACUCACACACACACUCACACACACUGACAGACACACAUACUCACUCACACACUGACAGACACACUCACACACUGACAGACACACAUACACACACUGACUGACAGACACACUCACUCACAUGCACACACACACUAACAGUAAUUAAUCAUCUAAAUUAAAUUAAAAUUUCCCACCCAGCCUCCCUACCUGGAGAGCUGGCGUGGGUCUCUCAUUGGUGGUCCAGUGGGGCUGCUGGGAGGCAAUUGGAUUCCUAGGUGGCGAGGGAGCUGUGAUCUCUCUGAUCUGCUCCCUCGCAGGCUGUUUACUGAUGCCGCGGGAGCCGGAAUAUGACGUCAUCAGUAAACAGCCUGCGAGGGAGCAGAUCAGAGAGAUCAGAGCUCCCUCGGCAUCCAGUUCAGCCACACGCCGCGCCGGGGAUCCAGGAGGUGACCUGGCAGGAGGGAGCACUUCCCUCCUGCCGGUCACUGGAAUUUUGCGCCCCCAGAGCCGGUGCGCCCUAAGGCGGCCGCCUGUGCCGCCUUAUGGACGCGCCGGCCCUGUGUACAUCAAAGUGUUUAAUUUGUUUUUCUAAUGGUUUCCCUAGGAAUUACAGGACGGCUUAUAACUUGGUUCAUGAGCUGAGGUCACAUGAAACAAACAUGCUGGAGAUAAAGACCAUGGCUGGCUUUAUUAACUAUAAGGUAAGAGAAGUGCUGCUAAUAGUGGUUUUGGAACAUAAACCUUUUUCUGUAGCAAUGUAAAAACAUUGCUGUUUCUAAGAAACAAAUGUGACUUUCAGAGAGACAGCCAGUGGGGGCACUUAUUUCUAAAAUAAACACUAGUGGCAGGAACCGAAACGUAUUUCUGGCACUAUAGUUUUAGAAUAGCUAUUUAGGUGACCAUCCCUACUCUGUGUAGUAAAAAGGUGUUUAAACUCAGAUUUUUUCCCACACCAAUCUUGACAUGGCUGUCCCCCUUGGGCAUCAGCUAAUCCACAGCUUUCCCGUAGAAAAGCACCGGGAGGCAAUCAGCAUCUCCUCAUAGAGAUGCAUUGAAUCAAUGCAUUUCUAUGAGGAAGGUUUAGCACCUUCAUGCAGUGCGUGAAGACUCUGAAUGCAUGUGCAGCACUGGACUGGACUGGACUAGGAAGCAACUCUAGUAGCCAUUUAAUUCGCUGCCAGUGAACCGAUGAAAUGUAUAGCUGAAUGCAAAAUAUUUUGUUUCUAUUUUAAAGUAUUGAAAAAGAAGUGUAGAUUCACAUCUGUCUGGGUCAAUAGAAUAAUACCCAAAGUGUAGCACACAACACAAAAAGUGCGUAUAAGUGAACCUUGUGUUUUUGUUCUUUAGAUUUGCCGUCUGUGCUUCCAGCAUAACACUCCUCUAGAUGCCAUUGCACAAUUCAGGAAACACAUUGAUCUGUGUAAGAAGAAGAUUGGAAGUGCAGAGCUGUCUUUCGAGCAUGCCGCUUGGAUGUCUAAACAGUAUGUGUUGUCAGACCACAUAUAUAGUAAAUGCUUGUGUUUUUUUUUUAGUUUGUUCUUCACAUGAACACUCAAACAUGCAGUCUAUGAAAACCUGAUGUUUAAAUUUAAAGGACUCAUAAUCACUAUUUAGUAUCACAACCCCAAAAUAAAAAAACAUGCAUUUAAUUAUGCAUGUUAGAACUUCUCAUUGGGAAGUCUCUGAUUCUCAGCUGCACAUGUGGCAAUGGGAGAGCUUAGGAGGAUGCCAGUGAUGCAGGAGCUGUGGACCCAAAGGUACAUUGAGGUACAUUGUGACUGCUGCUUUAAAGGGACCAUAUAAGCACCCAGACCACUUUAGCUCAUUGAAGUGGUAUGGGUGCAGUGUCCCCGUCCAUCUUAGUCCUGCAAUGUAAAACAUUGUAGUUUUUGAGAAACUGUGGUUAAGAGACUUUUGGUCACCUAACUGACACUGGACAUCCUCGCGUUAUGCUUGAGUACAUCCAGCAUCAGUAACACCUAUAUAGGAAAGCAUUGAAGCAAUGCUUUACUAUGGGGAGGUCCUAAAGCGCUCAUGGCGCACAUGCGCAUUAGCUGCCCCCCUUUCAACCUGGGAAAUUAUGUUGGAUGAGAUGGAGCGCUGACUCGGAUAAAUGUUAAAGGUUUGGGGGGGAGGAGGGGUUAACGGGUUAAGUCUAAAAUGGCAUUACAGAUCUCCAGCAUCAUGCAUAAAAGUGUUUAUGUAUAACGUUAGUGUUCCUUUAACCUACAGCAGAUUUCUUAUUUUUAAUGACUAAUUUAGAUAUGUAAAGUAGACAAAUAACAUUGGUUGAUUUCAGUUUGUAAUAUUCCAUCUAAAGGUUCCAGGCAUUUGGUGACCUGUUUGAUGAAGCUAUUAAACUGGGCCUGACCGCCAUUCAGACACAAAAUCCUGGCUUCUACUAUCAACAGGCUGCAUACUAUGCACAGGAGCGCAAGCAUCUUGCUGCUGUCCUGUGUAACCAUGAUGUAAGUUUAUUUUUCUAAUGCAUUUUGCUGUUUUAGUGGUACAUGUUAUUUUUGGAAAGAGUAGUGGUAAUUUUCUUCCUGCUUUUUAUUUGCACCUUGGUUGGUUCAAAAGACAAAGGUAAAGCGAAAUGCCUUUCUUCCCAGAUAGAGCAUCUGUCGCUUGAUGAGAUAGAAGAGAUUUUUUUUGUACUCAUGCCCUGAUCUGUGUUAAAUGGCAUGAAGUCUCCAGUUAAGCAAAUUAUUUAAGGGAUACUCUAUGCACUUUAUCGUAAUGAAGCAGUUUUGGUGUAUAUAAAUCAUGCACAUCCAGUAUGACUAUUCAAUCGGUUCUCUGCUGUUUAGUCUUAAAGUAAAGCAUUAGGCAAGGGAUAUAAUCCUGUCAUCAUGCAACUAAAUGGAAAUUAUGAAAUUACCUGCAGAUGCCUUUCUUCACCAAGAGUUCAUGUCUGAUCCAAUCCUCAAGGCACAACAACAAUACUUAGUUUAUUAAUAUCUGUAUACUAAACUGUUGGUUUGUCUUUAGAGCCAGUUUGGAGCCAUUGCUCUACACUAUUAUAGUUAAACAUGUGUUGGUUGUGGAGAAAAUACCCUACAAAAAACUUGGGAGAUUCAGAAAACAAAAAGAAAAAUGUGACGGCAUAUCGACAUUACUUUCCGUAGCCAUGUUCUAAACUCCCUAAUGGUUAAGUGAAAUAAAACCGCAAUUUUCUUGACUUUACUCCAUUCAUGUACAUGAAAACAAAUGAAUUUUAAUAACUAAACGUGAUCUAAAACAAAGUAUAGAGUAACCCCAAAUAACUGAAGGAGCUCUGCUACUGCCCUCUCUCAAAAUGAGUGCCAAAUAUUGUGGUCCUUCAUCCACAGAAUUAAUUAAUGGGAUCCCCCAAGUAAGUAGGGGGUAUUAAAAAGACACUUCUUCAAUUCUAUACUCUGUAUGAUGGGCUGUGAGUUUCCCAAUACUUUAGAGAUAAAAGGUGUCUAAGACCCCUAGCCCUAAUAUCAUGAAUCCCCCAAUACAUGCACUUCAGUGGGCUUUAGUGGCUAUAAUACUUGGAGUAACACUUAAUAUAAAACUUGCUUUACUUUGCAUUUGUUCUCUCAUCUAACCCACAAGUGAGACAUAAAAGCGUUUUGAAAAAUAAAAUAGAUGUAAAGCAAAUUGUUCACUGGACUUUAAAUAUGAAAGUUGAACAUUUUAUUCUUUGAUCAUGGCCAAUUGCAAAUCAAAGCUCUGAGCUUACUUAGUUAUUGAGGUUUGUUCUUUGGUGCUGCAAUAAACAGACUUCCUUGUUUUUCCUUCUUUUAGUCUUCUGUGUCAUAUCCUACUCCUGAUCCUCUUGAGACUCCUAAUGGGGUGCUUGAUUUCUAUGGACAAAGGGCUUGGCGCCAAGGGAUAUUAAGUAAGUCACUGAUUUUCACUGAUCUUUGCAUGUACUUAAGUACUUUAUCUCAUUAAUGGUUAUAGCUCUUUAUGAUACUAUAUCACAUUUAUGUGCAAUUUUCAGUAUAUUUUCUUGAUACCAUGGAAUGCUCAUUUCAACUCUGCCCUUUCAGAACUGAUCACUAUUCUUGCAUGUCAUUCUACUGACCCCAACAGUCUUAAUAUAAACAAUCCAGGCAACAAAUUGCCUAUUUUUUUAUCUACAGUAUUGCACUGCUACACACCCAUGUUCCAAUUCACAGAGUUCUAGUUCUGAAUCUAAGUACCAUACCAUAUCUACCGAUGAUGAGAUACCAUGCCCAUUUCCUGGUCUGACAUUGUUUCAGAAGCUGCAGAUCCGGGAGAUUUGCUACAAAUAUGGACAUUCUGGGCUGUUCUUCUUUUUAAUUCAUUGCAAAACGCAUUGAGUGUGGACAAUGAUGAGUUCAUACAGGGUUAUUCACUAAAGUGAGAAUUCAAGGAGAAUUUCACAUUUUAGGCCAAAGUAGCUGAACUGAAAGCAUAGCUUUCUUAGAGAAUGUUUACAAUUCAGCUAUUUUGGCCUUAAAUGUAAAAUUCACUUUGAAAUCUCACGUUAGUGAAUAACCCUCACACCAUGUCUCUUUAGUGUGUGGAUCUGCCACAAGGAAUUUCACUAUAAAUCAUUAAACGCUCAAAUUUAGUUGAUCCAGAGAAAACUGAAUUGAAUUAGGGUUUGUUUGUUUGUUUGUUUUCUUCUCCUGUGAAAUCCUUGUCUCAGGCGAAUAGAAUUCUAGAAUCUUUGCACAUGCAAUAUUCUUACUCUCAUUGUUGAGUUGUUUGUGUAUGCCAAGCUCAUAAGGACAUUGAUUACCAGAGUACUUUUUAUAGUAUGGAUCUGGGUUAAACAAAAUACUGUGCCCACAUGUAAUGGAUAAUUAUUUCCUGUCAUAUGCAGGUUUCGAUCUUACAGAUCCAGAGAAAGAGAAGGCAGGAAUUCUUGCUUGGCAACAGAAAGAGCGGGAUGUCAUUCACUCAGUAAGUCCCUGAGAAACUGUCAGAGUUUAUCGUUGCCUAUGUCUCUGGGUUAGCUAUGCAUGACAGGAGCUCUAGUCCACUGCACAUUGAGUGCCAGAGAUAGGACAACCAUGGGAUGAAAAAAUGGUAGAUCCUCAGCUAUUGGAAAACUGCAGUGUGUUGUGGCUGCCUAAGUGUCAUUAAAUUUGUUGGCAUACAAAAGCUGGGGAUGUUCCUCUGGUCACCACAGUUCUGUACAAAUGUGCUCUCAUGCCUUUUUGUGCUUUUUCUUUCACAGGAAAUUAUCAUUAGCCUUCUGAGUAGCGCUGUUGCACAGUUUAAGAAGUACAAAUGUCCGAGAAUGAAAAGUCACCUAAGUAAGUACUGAAGCGAUAAUAAUAAUGCAAUGGCACCAAAACAUUGUGAAACAUUAGAGAAACUGCAGUGUUAACAGUGCAGCACUAAGAUAGCAUCUAGUGGCUGUCUAAUAGCCGUCGGGACACUGUGCAGCACUGGACUAUGAUACACUUCUACUUGCCAUCUGAGUGACUGCCACUGGAGGUGUUAAUAGCCAGUAAUGUAAACACUGCAUUUUCUCUGAAAAGGUAAUGUUUACAGUGCUAAUACUGUAUAGGGACAGGCUAUAUAGACAGUAGAACCACUACAUUAAGCUGCAGUGGUUCUGAUGACUAUAGUGUCCUUUUAAUCUGGAUAAUAGCAAUUAGUUGCUAGUUUUAUUUAAACACUAUUAAAAAAAGCACUACUAAAAAUAAAAUGGAAAUUAUUUAAAUACAAGUAAAAAUCAUCAUGAUCCUAUUAACAAUCAUUCACUCAAUGGUUACAAUUGUCAUUUUCAGUGGUUCAGAUGGGAGAGGAGUAUUACUACGCAAAGGACUACAAUAAAGCACUCAAGUAGGUUCAUUAGAAAGGUAGUAUAUGUUUUGGUUGGUCUGUGUGCCGUGGUGGAGGAAUAGAGUAGACAACUUGCAACUCUUCGCUUUUAAGUCCCUUAACAUAUGCCGGAUGAGAAUCAAGAAAGCUGUAAUUCAUGAAAAGCCAUAGCUGCUGUAGAUACAUGAAUGAAAUCUUAGAUACUCACAUGCAUUGCAACAAUAUAUUAUGUUUAGUUAACCUUAAGGAAAACAGUUUUUUGAGGUGUUUAUUAUUAUUAUUAUUUUAUUUAUUGUACCUUGAAUGCAGCCAUGCAAUAUAACAUAAUAUAUGUUACCAUGAAAACAAAGCAUGCUUGUCAUUAGCACGCUGCUGUGGUUCUUGGGAAAUACGUGUCGGUGGGGGGACCUUCUUUUCUUAAUUUUGUCCAUUAAGAACCAGCACCAAAUUGUUUAACUUUGCCUUUCUUUGAAACCCAGUAAAAUUAUUUCUAGAGUAAUUAAGGUCACGGGGCAGAUACAAUUAUUGCAAAUAUAUCUUCUACACUACUUAAGACUUGCAUCACUUAGCCGGUCAGUAGUGGCUGAGGUGUAUCAUUUUUGUAGAUAUUUGCAACAUAGUCAUACACAUAUUUAUGGAACUCCUGAACAUGUUUGGUAAUGCUAAAAGGGUUAGUGACAACGUGGUAUUUUUAAAAAAAAUUUUUUAUACAGGUUGCUGGACUAUGUCAUGUGUGACUAUCGAACUGAGCGGUGGUGGACCCUUCUUACAUCUAUACUAACUACAGCUCUCAAAUGUGCCUAUCUCAUGGCACAGUUGAAAGACUACAUCACUUAUUCAUUGGAACUCCUUGGCAGAGGUACACUUACGUUUUGCUCAUAUAAAAGCUGUAGUGAAAAACUACUAUGCAAAGUGACUGACCAAGAACUACAGUAUAACUGA